AUGGGUGAUUUAGAUUCAUCAAUUAUAUGGCAUGAUGAUGAGGAUCCUGAUUAUAACAAAUUACAACCUAAGUUAGUAUUCUCAUUGUUUUCAUUUGAAAGCCUGAUUGAGGGUUGUUUGGAAUCUCUUCGAAGCUAUUUGGAUCCAUUUGUUAAGCAUUAUCCAUGGUAUAUCAAAGCACCGGACUUUAGUAUAAAUAAACACAAAAAUUUCGUCUACAUCUACGGCGAGCUCUCUUACGGCGACAAUAUCAAUGAUGAGUGGCUUUUGACUUAUUUGCUUUGGCAGUUUUCAAUAAUUGAACCGUCAAUUUACAUUCAUCUUAAAGAUUUGUUAGAUAACGAAUUUUUGUUGGUGGAGGCCACAAGUAUUCUUGACACUUGGAUGCAACCAGACAUAUGUAUAAAUAGGCCUUGGAUAAGUAAAGGAAGGGUGAUUUUCGUUUGUGAGAGUGACCACAACCCUUUGAAUUUAGAAACAGUGUUAUCUCAUUUGAGCCAGUUUCAUUAUACCGUCAAUGAGAAGUUAACAGAAUACUUUACAGGAUAUUUUGAAAGAACAACAAAAAACUAUUUCUUGGAGUAUAUCUAUGAUUUUACUGUUGAAUUAAGAAAGAGGGAUCUUGAUGCUCUUAACUCAAAGCCAUCUCUAAUAUCAAGUUCAAUCAAUGCCAGAACUGACAACAACAUCUCCUCAACGAUAGAAAGCAUGCCAGAAAAAAUAACGACGAAGCUAGGAGUACCCUUGUUAGCUUUAACAACAGUCAAAGCAAAGGAAAUCUCACUUCGUGAGAUAGGAAUAAAUGUAUCUUUCGAGUCGCUUCUAAGUAGAAUGAUAACGAAUGGAUUAAGUCAAAUGAAUAAAACUGACUCACAAUUAUCUUCUGAGUUGAUUCUUUCGCGAGAUGCGCUACAGAAUUAUCUUAUAUCUAAGGGGAAGCUUUCAGAGAAGGUACCUACUGAUGCUGAUGAAUGGAGCCGAGUUUCAAAAAUGGACUUUAAUUCAAAGGAAGAAGAUAAUGGAGUCAACGAAGAGUUGAUAGCACAAUUUGAGGACUUUUUCCAAGAUGAAAAAGCCUCAUUAGGAGGUGUCCAUAACGACGAGGAUAUUUCAAGUGACGAAUCUGUGAAAAGUAAGAAAGACUUCUUGGAAGAAUUGGAACGAGACUUGGGCGAUGAUUUUAAAGAUUUUGUAAAAUUUUGCGUGGAAGAAGAGAGUAAAAAGGAGAAAAGAAAAGCAACCAAAAGAAAAACAUCUCAUUUGAAGAGUUAUAAUGAUGACAGUGAUUAUCUGUCAUCCACAUCAUUGGAAUAUGAAGAUUCUGAAGUUGAAGCUGACCCGCUUUUCAAUAAGUUUUUACAGGAGAACAAUAAUGAGGAAGGAUUUAUUGAUUUUCUCAAAGAGUUACAAACAAAAAAGUCCUUUGGACCUGGAUCUAUACUCUUAGAACAACGUGUUAAAAAUGCAAAGGAAGGGUAA